ACUCAGGGGUUUCUGGGGGAAGGGGCAAUGGUAACAGCACCUUCAAGGUCCCACAGGUACCCCGAGCCAGUGGGAGUAAGGGGGGCACAGAGCUGCCUCUCCCAUGCCCAGACCCCCAUGCUCAGGCCCCUGGGUAUAGGGUUUAGCUGCUUUGUGUCCAGGCCAGUGCUCCCAGGAACCAUGGGGCAGUGAGGCCCUAAGUGGACAUGGCACUGGGACAGCAGAACCCAGUUUCAGGACCUGUGUGCUGGAGAAGCGCUGGCUGAAGUCUCCGCCCCCUCGGACACCAGGGAGGGACCACGGCAUCCCGACCCGCCUGCCCUGCCGCCCCGCAUUCCGACGGCGCCGCAGACCGCUGCCCCGCCGGUUCGCCGCAUCUCCCGCCCCCCCUUCCCAAGCUGCCUCGCUCGGGUGACGUCAGCGACCCGGUCCCCGCCGCCGCAGCCUCCGCGCGACGACCGGCGUCCCGCGCCGCUCGCGCCCGCUCGGCCAUGGCUCCCGUGGCGCUGCUCCCGCUGCUACUGCUGCUGCGGCCUCCGCCCGCCGUUCCCGCGCCCGCGCGAGACCCCUUCGCCCCGCAGCUCGGGGACACGCAGAGCUGCCAGCUGCGCUGCCGCGACCGCUACCCUAGCCCUCAGCCCUCGCAGGUGGAGCUGGAGGAGGAGGCGGAGGUCCCCACCGAGUCCCAGCACGAGUUCGACAGGGCCGUCCUAAUCAGCGCUUGUGAGCGUGGCUGCCGCCUCUUCUCCAUCUGCCGAUUUGUGGCCAGGAGCUCCAAGCCCAAUGCCACCCAGGCUGAGUGUGAAGCAGCCUGUGUGGAGGCCUAUGUGAAGGAGACAGAGCAGCAGGCCUGUGGUGAGGGCUGCUGGAGCCAGAACCUGGAACCCCAGCCGGAGCCAGAGCCGGAGCAGAAGAGAAAGGUUCUGGAAGCUCCAAGUGGGGCCCUCUCGCUCCUGGACUUGUUUUCCACUCUCUGCAAUGACCUUGUCAACUCGGCCCAGGGCUUCGUCUCCUCCACCUGGACAUACUACCUGCAGACUGACAAUGGGAAGGUGGUGGUGUUCCAGACCCAGCCUGUGAUUGAGAGCCUGGGGCACGAGGGGGCCCAUCUGCAGCGAGUGGAGGUGACUUGGCGGGGGUCCCACCCUGAGGCCCUGGAGGUGCAUGUGGACCCUGCAGGCCCCUUGGACAAGGUGAGGAAGGCCAAGAUCCGAGUCAAGACCAGCAGCAGGGCCAAGGCGGGGUCGGAUGAGCUGCAGGAUAAUGACUUCCUCAGUUGCAUGUCCCGGCGGUCGGGGCUGCCGCGCUGGAUCCUGGCCUGCUGCCUUUUCCUGUCUGUGCUGGUGAUGCUGUGGCUGAGCUGUUCCACCCUGGUGACUGCGCCUGGCCAGCACCUCAAGUUCCAGCCCCUGACCUUGGAGCAGCACAAGGGCCUCGUGGUUGAGCCAGACUGGCCCCCAUACCCUCCCCCAUCUCACGCCUUUGCCGACAGCCCCCCACCCUACAAGCUGAAGCUGGGCCUGACCAAGCUGUAGGCCUCCAUCUGUCCAGCAUUGCCAAGUGCAGGGCUCCCUGGGCCUCACUUGCCCUGUGCCCAGGAGUCCCGGCCAGGGUGGGACCCUCCUCGGGCUCCUCUACCCCCAAACCCUUCUCUCCCCAUCCCGCCCCUUUGGGUCCUGAGCUCUUCACGCCCCCACCGGUGGGCCGUAUCUGGCUUUGGUUCCUCCGGGAUCCCUUUCCCUGGAGUGUGCUACUUUUGUCUUCUAUCGUGUAGCUUCUUGAGUAUUUGAACCCCAGUUCUGUGCCGCCUUCCUCCCUUCUCUCUCCCCUCUCUGGGGGGGCAAGGUCACAGAGAAGCUGCCUUGUGCUAGGGCUCCCCCCACUUUCCCCACCACACCUCUGGAGAUCCAGUCCCACCAGAGAAGGCGGUGGGCAGCUCCACCCUGGGAGGGCGGCUGAGGCUGGGUGGCAGCAUGGGGGUUGGGAGGAAUAAACCAUGUAUAUAAAAUG